AUGUCCACGACGCGACGCGUUGUCGGCACUGAUGAUCUGAACCUCGUCGAGGCCAAAGUCACCUGGCAUGCAUACAUGCUGUGUUGCUUCGCCAGCUUUGGAGGAAUCCUCUACGGCUACGACACCGGCUAUAUCUCAGGUCUCCUGGGCAUGAACUAUGUUAAAGAGCAUCUGGGCCACAAGGUCCCAACGUCCGUCGAUCCAAGUGGAUUCAUCAUCCCCAGCUCACGCAAGUCCCUCAUCACCUCGAUCAUGUCUGCCGGUACCUUCUUUGGAGCCAUAUUUGGCGGAGCUAUUGCUGAGCGUAUUGGCCGCCGCCUGACAAUCAUGCUGUGCUGUCUGGUCUUCUCCGCUGGAGUUGCGGUGCAAAUCGGAACUAAUGAUAGUGUCGGCGGGUUGUCAGCGGGUCGCUUUAUUGCAGGCCUUGGAACUGGUGGUGUAUCGUCGACCGUGAUCCUUUACGUAUCCGAGAUUGCCCCUUACCGAGUCCGCGGUAUCCUGGUCUCGUCUUACCAGUGGGCUAUCACUCUUGGCUGGUGGUCUCUUCCUCUGCCCGAGUCUCCCCGUUACUAUGUUCAAUGUGACAAUAUGGAUGGCGCUCUUCGCUCACUGGAACGCGUGCGUGGGCAGCCAGGAUCUGAUCCAGCUAUCCAGGCCGAGCUUGCAGAAAUCAAGGCAAACUACGAAUACGAAAAACAGAUCUCCAGCAAUUCCUGGUUUGAUUGUUUCAAGGGAGGAAUGUCGCCUUACGGAAAUCUUCGCCGUGUGCUUGUCGGCGUUUGCUUGCAAAUGUUUCAGCAAUGGACGGGCAUUAACUUUAUCUUUUACUACGGCACAACCUUUUUCCAGCAAGUGGGAAUAAAGAAUGCUUUCCUGAUCUCGACAAUCAUGAACAUCGUCAAUGUGUGUAGCACUCCGGUAUCGUUGAUCUCUAUCGAGAGAGUUGGCCGACGAAAGUUACUGCUUUGGGGCGCUGCCUUUAUGUGUGCCUGCGAAUUCAUUGUCGCCGGCGUGGGCACUGGCAAAGAAGGAAGCCAUACCGCAAACAUCUGCCUCAUCGUGUUCACCUGCUUCUACAUCUCGGCCUUCGCCAUGACGUGGGGCCCCUGCGCCUGGGUUGUCAUCGGCGAGAUCUACCCCCUCCCGAUUCGCGCGAAAGGUGUUGGUCUGGCGACGGCUUCCAAUUGGCUUUGGAACUGCGUUAUCGCUGUGAUCACUCCAUACAUUGUUGACACUGACAAGGGAAACCUGCGUGCUAAGGUCUUCUUCGUAUGGGGCGGUGCGAUUCUGCUAGCUCUCCUCUUCGUCUUUUUCUUCAUUCCUGAGACCAAAGGCUUGACUUUAGAACAGGUUGAUAGAAUGCUGGAGGAGACGACCCCCAUGACCAGCACAAAGUGGAAGCCGCAUGACACCUUUGCUCAUGAGAUGGGAUUGACCGACAAGCAUGAAACGGCUGCUACCGUCGUCGAACACCAUCAUAAGCCUACCGCAACAUCUGAAACGAUUGGUCCUGUGGUCUAG